GAUACAUUCAUCAUUCAUGUCUCGUAUGCAUAUACACUCCUUUUAUUUAGGUUGUUUGCUUACUUCCUUGUCUUGAACAAUAAAAUAUAAAGGGGUAAAGAAUAAUUUAAUGGCAUUUGGAAGCUUAAAUGUUGAAAAUGGCAAAAGCAAAAAGGGGGCAUUCCGAGAAUCAAACUCGGGACCUCUCGCACCCAAAGCGAGAAUCAUACCACUAGACCAAAUGCCCUGAUUGAUUAUGUUACAUUCAUUAAAUCAAACUUAUUGGAAGUUAUAUUGCAUCUUCCUGAUUGUUGAGCCACGGUACAAUUGAUUAAUGUGUAAUUGAUGAAGUUUCUUUUUCAAUUGUGGUUGGUAAGCUUAUUGGUAGAUAACGAGAAGUUUUUAGUUGGAAUGGAAAUUAUGAAUAGAAAGUCAACAAUCUCAUGCCACAUAAAAAAGCAUAAGAAAAAAAUUCAAAUGGGUUACUUUUUUCCUUAUGCUAACUACGAAAUUGAGAAUUUACCACCAAAUCAACUGCUUUUCUUUUCAGAUAUCAAAAACCAUGUUUCAAUUUUUAAUUAGGACAUGAAGAUGUAGACCUGAUUGCACUUAGCAAAGUAGCUUUUGAAUGAUUGAUGGACUAAGUUAGGAUCCUUGAUUAGCUGCUUUGGUUUAUGAAUUGUCUUGUGCUUGUCUUUUUGAAACUAUUGAUCAAAGUUUGUUAUCAUAAUUAUGAAAUAUGCAUAUGAUAGAAUGAAUAUAGAUGUUCCAGGUGGGAUUGAUUGGCUACAUUCAAGCAUGCAUCAUUCAUGUCUGGUUAGGAUCCUUGAUAGCUGGUGGGAUUCUGAUUGGCUGCAUUCAAGCAUGCACCCACCCUUCAUGUUUGAUGAUAUCCUCUUGAUGUUGGGCAUGGCUUGCGCUACAUAUUCAAGCAUUCAUCCUCCAUUAUUUGGAUUUCACGGCUGGGCACAUGCCCUCGUCACUAUGAAUGUUAAAUAUUUUUAUCAGAAAUAUAUAAAUAUAUAUUAUAGAUGUGCUUCCAAGUGGGAACAUGGCAUGGCUGGCUACUUAUUCAAGCAUUCAUCCUCCAUUAUUUGGUGGGAUUCUAGUUGGCUGGGUUCAGGCUCAUAUCUGGUUAGGAUCCUUGAUUAUAACUGGUGGAUUCUGAUUGGCUGGCGUUCAAUCAGGGACCCUUCAUGUCUGGAUUUCAUGGCUGGGCACAUGCCCUUGUCGCUAUGAAAUGUUAAGUAUUUUUGUCAGAGAUAUAUAAAUAUAUAUAUUAUAG